AUGUCUUCUGGCAAGCAGUUCACUCUCUACGGCGGGGUCAUCGGGCCCAACCCUCUGAAGGUCGCUGUUGCACUCGAGGAGCUCGGGCUGCAGUACAACGUCGGUGAGGUCAACAUCUGGGCCGGCGAGCAGAAGAAACCGGAGUACCUCAAGCUGAACCCCAACGGGCGCGUUCCCACCCUCGUCGACCACAGCAACGGAGACUUCACCAUCUGGGAAUCGGACGCGAUCCUGCUGUAUCUCGUCGAGAACUACGACAAGGAGCACAAGCUCAGCGUCGCGGACGUCAACGAGAAGUUCAAGCUCAUCCAGUGGCUCUUCUUCCAGUCCUCCGGCCAGGGACCAUACUUCGGCCAGGCGGUGUGGUUCAUGAAGUACCACCAGGAGAAGAUCCCGAGCGCGGUCGAGCGCUACCAGAAGGAGAUCCUCCGCGUGUUCGGCGUGCUCGAGAGCGUCCUCUCCAAGCAGGAGUGGCUUGUCGGCGGGCACAUCACUGUCGCUGACCUUUCGUUCAUCACCUGGACCGAGAUUGCAAUCGGCUUCGUGCUCGAAGGCGUCGAGGGCGGCAACGUUGAGAAGGAAUUCCCUAGCGUCUACAAGUGGCACCAGAAGCUCGUCACCAGGCCCGUCGUCCGCAAGUUCCUUGAUCUCCAGGCGGAGUCCCUCAAGAACAUCGCGGAGCGCAAGUAG